AUGUUAGUAUUGAAAAACAUGUUCCUUGACAAAAUAAAACCAACUACAGAAAUAAACGACGCAAGACUGAAAGAUUGGGUAAAAGCUUUCCCAUUCACAAAAGAUAUAGUUGGUAACAUGGAAAGAAAACCAGAAUGGCUACAAAAACAUAUAUUUGGAAACGAGCAUAUUCCAUAUGGACAGGCACUGUUUGAAGAGCUUGAACCGGAAACUCAGGAAAGAGUCAUGCAAACAAUACGCGAAGACUCAAAUACAGACUAUGACAAACUCUUUCUAGGAUAUAGGUUACCUGAGAUGGGCGACCAGAGCCAAAAGGCAAAAAGGACAUGGGAAAUUUGCAACAUACUAGAUGAACAUAAUGCAAAGAUGCAACAACUUCAAGCAGAGGGCAAGUUACCAAAGCGACACCAAAGAAGAAGAGUAGAACAAAGUGAAAGUAGUGAAGAAGUAACUUCAUCUAGUGAAAGUAGUGGCAAUGAAGGAAAAAGAAGAGUUAAAAACUCAGUCAGGAAGAAAGUAAAGCUUGGUCGGAGUGGGUUCUAUUAUGACAUAUAA